CGUGUGGCUCACCUGUAAGACAAAGCUAUCUGCCACUAGAUUGUUAUCCUCUCCGCAUAACUACUUAGUUGACACGAGCUCAAGUUAGAGGAGGCACGCAGAGACCACAUCCAAUAAACCACUACUCCUUAAUUUCCAUUCUGCUAACUGGAAAUUUGACGUACCAAAUAAUCAUGUCUGCAUCCGCUGUGGUUGCUGGUGCCUCGGCCUCUUCCUGCUCUGCUGCUUACUCAAGAAACCUCGGCAUCACAAAAUCUAAUGCUUCUAUUCCAUCCCCCAAAUCAUCCACCUCUCCAAUAUGCCAGAGAACUAGUUUUCAAGGUUUAUCACUGCAAGAAGCCAAAAGGGGUGUUUCGAAUUCGUUUCUAGCUGAGAGUAAGAGGAAUUCCACUAGCAUUGGUGGAAGAAGUAGAACCCUUGAGAUCACUGCAAGAUCAACUGCUGCAAAGAAUAUCGAAGUUGAAGUUGAUAAGCCAUUGGGGCUCACCCUUGGUCCUAAGAAUGGUGGUGGAGUUGUAAUUACGGUCAGUUACUUUAUAUCACUGCAAUUUUACACGGGGUAACAGGUCAUUUGCCAUGUUUUACGAGUUAUCAAUCGAUA